AUGAAGCCACGUGCCCCCCUCUCGAAGCUCCCAAAUGCGGCGCGGGCGAAGAAGGGCAAGGUAUCCGCGAAGAAGAACAAGGAGGCGGACGGCUCCAGCUCCUCUAAGCUGUCGAGGAAGAAGCUUGCAGGGCGUGCGACGGACGCGGCAGCUACGGAAGCGCCGGCGAGCUCACUUGUUGAGCGGGCGGCCGACGCGCACAAGGUGUUCGAUGAAAUGCCCCAAAGUUUCAACGAUGAGGCAUAUAUGUCAACUAUGGGUGUUGGCUCCAACAAUUCUCAUUGGUCUCAAACCAAUGACAUUCAUUUCGAUGACCAUGAGUUCGAGGUGGACGAGGAUGGUGAGGGCAUCGUCGACGCACCGAAAGGAAGAGGAGGCAACUACACCAAUGAUGAAGACCUCAAUAUUGCACAAAACUUGUUCAACGGAGAGGAGAAGAAGAGCAAGAAAGGGAGACCAUUCACCUUGCCUCAUUGCUAUGAAGCAUUGAAGGAUGAUGAGAAAUGGAAGAAGUUUGAUGAUACCGAUGAUGUUGAUGAGAGCAACAAACGCAAGAGAACUAUUGAUUUGGAUGAGGAGGAGGAGGCAUCAGGCAAUGACGGCAAGAGAAGCCCUACACCAAACUCGGUUUCAUACUCGAAGCCAAAACGACCAGAUGGAUGCAAGAAAGACGCAAAAGAAAAGAAGAAGAGGAAAGGAGAUGACGAGUUCAAAAAUGCUAUGGAAGCUAUUGUGAAGGCAAGAAAGGAAGCGAACGAGGUGCGGAAGAUGGCAAGGAACCAAGAUGCCGCGGCCGAGGAGAGGAGGGUGGCGGCCGAGGAGAGGAAGGUGGCAUUGAAGGAGAGGAAGGUGGCCAUGGAGGAGCGGACUAGGUUGAUGGAAUGGGAGAAGUACUUGUUCUUCAUGGACACAUCUAUCCUUAAUGAGGCGCAAAAGGGGUACGUCAAUCUUGCCCGUGAAGAAGUCUUGAUCCAAAAAAGAGCCAUGAUUCGCGGUGGCAUGGGCGGCAUGGGAGGCGGUGGCAUUGGCGGCAUGGGUGGCGGUGGCAUUGGCGGCAUGGGAGGCAUCGGUGGCUUCGGAGCUAUCAUGGGCGGCAUGGGUGCCAUGGGUGGCUUUGGAGCUACCAUGGAGACCAUGGGAGGCAUGGGUGGCUUCCGAGCACCUCCGGGCGGCAUGGGCGGCAUGGGAGAUCUUGCCAACAUCUUCCGAGCUUCACAUGAUGAUGCGGCGCGCGACAAUGAAGAGGAGGAGGAAGAAUCGUCUUCGGGGGAGGAUGAUGAAUCGGAGGAAGAUGAGGAUGAAGACGAGGACGAGACUUGA